AAUUCCUCAGCAUUCACCAGACAAAAAUAACUAACUUCCAACAUAAUUCAAAACCAAAUUUAAUUCACAUUCCUCAUUUCUCUCGUCAAGGUUCAUCAAUAAAGGUUAAAUAUGGCGGAGGAGAAUGUGGAGUUUGAUCUGAAUCAGAAGAUAGCCUCAUUGGAGCGCGAAAUACAUUCGUUACUAAUGAAAAUUGAGAAGUUAGAAGCAACAGGAAAUCAUCAAAGAGUUAUAUUAGAACUAAAGGAGAGAGAAAUUUGGGGCCUAAAGCAGAAGCUUGAGGAACUAGACGGCGCUGUGAUAAAAUACAGUGAGUGGCAAAAGGAGAAGGACAUGAUUUAUAUGGUGAAGGACGAGUUGUCCAAGAGGGUUAAAGAAAUGCUAACUAAAGUCUCUGAAUUGGAGGAAAAAUUGGAGAUUCAGGAAAACGUGAUUUCCCAAAGGCUUGUUGAGGAAAAUUUACAUCAAUUAUUUGGUGUAAACGUAGAGUGGCCAAUGGUGGCUACAUCCGUAGUUGUUGCAAUUACUAUCGGUGUCUUGUGUUAUCAUCGAGAUGGAAGAAAAAUAUAAACUAAGGGAUUUUUUUCAACAUCUCAUUAAGUUGAGUUUUUUGUCUGAUCAAGUUUUUGUAAUUUACAAUUUUGAUUGCUCUUUGGUUAUGUUGGGCGUUAUUACUACUUAGGUUUACUUAGAUUGAUAUAUGUACAUUUUGCUGUUAGUACUCUUCUUUAGUGUGCAGGAAUUUUGUUGAUUAUUGUUUUCCUUCAAAUAAGAAAACAAGGUCUGUUG